GCAGACGGUCCUACUGCCUGCCAUUCAUUUAACGGACGAAACGAGACGAAAAGGAGAGGUCAAAAUUCGAUAAAGAAAUCGAAUAAAUAAAUCUUCAAAUGGGAAAAAUAUGAGAAGUCGGGAUCCGAGAAAAGCUCUUUGCGAGUUUUCUGGCAGUGGCUGCGCUGAGGCUGAGGCUGAGGCUGAGGCAGAGGCAGAGUAGCCUCUCAGGCGGCCGUGGUGGACCGGUGGUGGUGCUCUGAUCAAGAGAGAGAGAGAUAGAGGUCUCUUUUACGCCCGCCCAAGAAACCGACGACUUUUUAUCUUCUCUAGACGUUGGGAGAUUGUCGAAAUUGCUCUCUCUCUUCUCUGUUGUUGAGAAUUUCGUGAUCUCCUAUGAGUUUGUCUCCCAUUUGGUUUCCACACUAUUGAGUGAAUGUUUUGUGCUGAUCUUGCGUUUCGUUUCUGAAUUAAUCCUCCUUCAACUCGCCAAGACCUGAUCUCCAAGGGAAAAGUGGAAGUUUUGGUGAAAAAAUGGGGUUGAAGGGCAUCGUUCGCGAGCUUAAGGAUCUGCGAGAUGGUAUUGGGAACAUAUCAAGAAGAAGUUCAGAUGGAAGGCAAAAUUCGAGAAGGAGAGGGCGGUCACAUAUUGCUCCUGAAGGUUCUACAUCGUCAACAUCAUCAGUAAUUGAUCAGAGCCAGUGGGCAAAUAUGCCCCCUGAAUUGCUUCUUGACAUAAUUCAACGUGUAGAAUCCAGCCAGACCUCUUGGCCUGCCAGAAGAGAUGUUGUUGCUUGUGCUUCCGUUUGUAAGUCUUGGAGAGCUAUUACGAAGGAGAUUGUUAAGACUCCUGAGCAAUGCGGCUUACUUUCUUUUCCCAUUUCUCUAAAGCAGCCCGGUCCGAGAGAUGCUCCAAUCCAGUGCUUUAUUAGGAGGGAAAGGGCGGCCGGAAUAUAUAGACUGUAUCUUGGUCUCAGCCCUGCUCUUUCAGGUGAUACGAGUAAAUUGCUGUUGGCAGCCAGAAAAAUCAGAAAGGCAACAAGCACUGAUUUUCUCAUAUCCUUAGUUGGAGUGGAUUUUACUCGAACAAACAGUACUUAUGUUGGAAAGCUGAGGUCUAAUUUCCUUGGAACCAAAUUCACUAUUUAUGACAGUCAGCCUCCAUGCACCCACCCUGCCAUCCAGUCCAAUUGUAAGAUGCAGCGAAAAAGCUUUCCAAAACAGCUUACUUCAAAUGUAUCUGCUAGUAACUAUAGUGUGGCCACCAUAUCUUAUGAGCUCAACGUCCUCCGUACUAGAGGCCCGAGAAGAAUGCACUGCACCAUGCAUUCUAUUCCCAUCUCUGCUAUUCAAGAAGGGGGCACUGCUCCUACACCGACAGAGCUCACAAAUUUCCGUGAUGACCGAUAUCCUACCACACCAUUGUCUAAAGGAAAGAAGCCACUUGUUGGAUUCAGCUCUGAUAGGCUUGUGGAGCCACUGGAAUCAGUCCUCAAUGAUAGGGAUCCUCUGGUUUUGAAAAAUAAGGCUCCUAGAUGGCAUGAGCAAUUGCAGUGUUGGUGUCUAAAUUUCAAAGGACGAGUUACGGUGGCCUCUGUGAAAAAUUUCCAGCUAGUGGCGUCUGCAGAGCCAUCCCAAAAUGUAUCGACGGCAGAACAAGAUAAAGUAAUUUUACAAUUUGGAAAAAUAGGGAAAGACAUCUUUACUAUGGAUUACCGUUACCCCCUCUCUGCCUUCCAAGCCUUUGCGAUCUGCUUGAGCAGCUUUGACACUAAACCAGCUUGUGAAUGAUCACCGGGGUACAUGAUCAUGCUAGUCUUCCUUCCGUUUUUGUUGUGUACAUAAUCGUUUUAAUGGAAGCACUUAAGUCUGUGGUCUUUGUUGUGAACAUCUUUGUCUGUAGGCAUCUCUUUUAUAUAACUACAGCAAUGACAGUGUAAUUUAUGUUACCAAAUAUACCUGUUGACAGAAAGGCCAUUCCAUGA